CGCGUGUGGAUGAGCCGCUGCGGUCCCGGCGAGGGGAAUGACAGGGAGCACGCGUCUCCGCAGUCGCUCCCCGCCAGCCCUUCGAUUCGGAUUCUGACCCGAACUCCAUCGCCCCCCGCGGGGCAAGACCGUCCGACCCGACCUCUGCCUUGGGCCCGCGCCCACCGGAGGUUAACCCAUUCACACCGAGGGCGCAGCGGCCCAGCGCAAGCCCCGGGGCCGGCUCCACGGAGCUCUGGGCUGGACAGGCCGCGGUGCGGACUGCGGGCAGCGAGGAGGGACCCAGGAGCUGACUUCAGACGCUUGAAAACGUCUGUGAAAUCCUGACCAAGCCGAACAUGCUGUACGGAAAAAGCGACGUUGCUUUUGUAACCACUGGACUGUGUAUUUGUCUCCCCAUUUAUGUGUGAGCUCCUUGGGGACAGACAGCCGUCUUUCUCAUCGGCCCAGACCAAGGGCAGGCGGCAUCUUCUCCUAUCCCCUGCCUUCGUAAAACUGAAGAAACUGAAUCGAGAGCUUAAGAUGCCUAACCCUGUCCCGCCGCCCACCCCGUUCAGCAGGCGGCCAGCAGAGGGCGCCGCCAGAGCAUGGCCGAGGAGCGCCGGGGGUCCUGGUUCGGCUUCGGUUUCUGCGGCUUCGGGCAGGCGCUGGGCUCGGGGCGCGGGCGGCAGGUGCACAGCCCCGAGCCGCUGCGGACACCGGGCGAGGGCGCCGACGUCUGCCGCGUGAGCGCGAGCUGGAGCUACACCGCCUUCGUGACCCGUGGAGGCCGGCUGGAGCUGUCGGGCUCCGCGGGCGGCGCGGCGGGCGGCUGCAGGGACGCGUGGGCCUCGGAGGCGCUCCUCGUGGUGCUGCGCGCAGGACGCGGGUCGGGGCCGGAGCUGCAGGUCUGGGAACCGGGUUCGGCGCUGAGCGGGGAGCCCCUGUGGGUCCACACCUUGGCUCCGGAGGCCGAAGGGGAAGACGCACCGGGCGGGGAGCCCCAGGCCGGGGCCCUGCCCCUGCUGCCCGGCGCGCGGGCCUACGUGAGUCCGCGGCCGCCCUUCUACAGCCCUCUGGCCCCGGGGCUGCGGGCGCGCCGGCUGGAGCUGGGCACCGAGCACGCGCUGCUGCUGGACGAGGCGGGCCAGGUGUUCUCCUGGGGCCAGGGCAGGCAUGGACAGCUGGGCCACGGGACUCUAGAGGCUGAGCUGGAGCCGAGGCUGCUGGAGGCAUUGCAGGGCGUCCCCAUGGCUGAGGUGGCAGCAGGGGGCUGGCACUCUGUGUGUGUGAGUGAGACUGGCGAUAUUUAUAUCUGGGGCUGGAACGAAUCCGGGCAGCUGGCCCUGCCCAGCAGGAGCCUGGCAGAGGAUGGCCAGACCGCUGCCCGGGAAGCUAGUGGCCUGAAGGAAGACGGUUCUGACGUGAGGAGAACAGGCUGGGGUGAGGAUGGAGGCCCGGCCCCCUUCAUAGCCAUCCAGCCCUUCCCGGCUUUACUGGAUCUCCCCCUGGGCACAGACGCAGUCAAGGCCAGCUGUGGAUCCCGGCACACGGCAGUGGUGACCAGAAGCGGGGAGCUCUACACUUGGGGCUGGGGUAAAUAUGGGCAGCUUGGCCACACGGACGUGAGCAGCUUGGAUCGGCCCCGCCGAGUGGAGUAUUUUGUAGAUGCACAGCUCCAGGUAAGGGCCGUGAGCUGUGGGCCCUGGAACACCUACGUGUACGCCGUGGAGAAAGACAGCUGACGGCUGCAGAGAAGGGUGUACAAGAAGUGUACAGUGAAUUCUUCCGUCAGCACCUGUGAGCCCCCACCCCAGGCAAGGAAGUGUCUGCCGGCACCCCAGAGGCCCUGCAUUCGCCCCUCCCCUCGCCUUAGGGCUGCAGCUUCACCUUGGUCCCCCCGUUAGGAACGGGCGGGGAGCUCUGGAAGCGAGUGCCUGAGGCCAGCACUGCAGACACCGUGAAGUCAGAACCUGUGGGUGGGGAGCCCGGGCUGGGGUAGAUUUUAAAGCUCCCCCACCUACCCCAAGGUGAUCAGGGCUGAGAGGGGGAACCCCUGGAGGUCAUCUUUUGUUCCUCUCUCCGGAUUCUGUCUCCCUGUGUGGAUCCUUAUACAACAGGAUUUAGUUUGUCCGCUUUUGAACUUUAUGUAAAUGGAAUCAUCCUGCAUAUGUUCCUUUGUGUCUUAUUUUUUCAUUGAACACAGGACGAUCCAUCCAUGUAGCGUCCUUUGUGCGAUUCAUUCAUUAUUAUUGUUAGGUGGUCUUCCAUCAGGUGAA